AAGCGUUGUGCGAACCGCUCCUGUGACUUCCUCAUUCUCACUUGUGGUUUUUGACUGCGAAAGCCACCUCCUUUAAUGCUUCAUUUCACGUUUUCCGCAGUCACUUCUCAUCGCGGCGCACUGGGACAACAGUGAUGGCAGGCAUGACUGCUUUGCCGCUCCAACAACUGAUAGCUUCUUUUGACAGAUCCGGUCUGCCGAAAAUUCUACAAGUUUGCUCCGGAGUUUAUUUCCAAGGGUCUGUAUAUGAAAUCUCUGGGAGUGAAGUGAGCUUUUCUACCGGGGACCUAAUAAAGGUCAUCGACAUUGAGCUCCUGUCGGUUUCCUGCGAAGACGUCGGCAACAAUGAGGUGUUUGAACUGCCCAUCAACCACACAGGUCUGUUCAAGGUGGUCCCGGAGGAGAUGCCCUACAGUACGCUGGAGGAGAUGCUGAGCCUGAGGCCCGUGGGCCUGGACUCCUGCCUCCCCUUCACCUUCACCAGCCGCUCCAGGAUCGACGUCGGCAGCUACACGCUGGGGGCCAACACGGCUCUGACGGUGCUCUCGGUCGAGCGGCACGCGGGCGAGGAGGACCUCGUGCGGUGCCACGUUCGGGGACAACAGGAAGUCUCCGCCGAAGUGUGUCUCCCGCUUUCUCUCCAUGGGGAGUUCAGGGAGUGCGAAAGCGAAGAGUGCUUCACCGUGCAGGAGAUCCUGUCCUCGCCCUGCCUGUGCAGUCGACGGUUUCGCUUCGUCAACACCACCAAGAGCCAGCGGCCCCUCGUCCUCAGCCCGAUAUACCAGGUCGCCGCCGUCAUGAACUUGAGAAAAAACAUCUUUAAGUUUCCCUCCAGCUUGGAGGUGGACGUGGUCGACGUCACAGAGACGUGCGGCGAUGUGGAUUUCGUGACCCCGCUCAGUCUGACGGAGGUCCUCUCCCAGCCGGAAGAGUCCUUCCCGACGGUGGUGGAGAUACUGGAGGGCCCGGACACCCACUCCCCGUUCAGGUGCAGCUGGCUGCCAGAACUCACCAAAGACGCCCGCGUGAUUUUCCACAAGAUCGGAACCUCCGCCGUGGUUUUAUUGUCCAGCUUGAGGGGCAGAAAGACACAGCAGCACUUCCUGGUAUCUCAGCAAUACGGUGGCCGAUUCCGGAGGCGGCCGCGAGAGUUCGACUCGGCGUACGAGCUGUACGUCGCCUCGAUGCAGGCCCCGGGCCUGAAGGUGGCCGUGACGCGGAGCUGCGAGGAAGACGAGGAGGAAGGCCUGCCUGCCCUCAGUGUGGGCGACCAGCUGGAGGUCGUCCGCUGCGAUACGGUGGAGCUGGCGCGCGACGGUGCCCGGGGACAGAAGCCGGCCGUGGAGGCUCUUUUGUGUCUGCGUCUCCAAGAGGCGGACGACGACUGCGACGAUGAGGACGAAGAGGAGGUCGAGCGGGAGGAUGGGAGCGAGGAGAUCUUCCUGCCUCUGUACAUGCAGGGUCACUUCGUGGAGGUGAUAGCCGACAACAAGAAGUACAGACUCAAAGAAUUGGGUGAGCAGUUCAGUUGGCCGCUGGACGUGAAGGUCGUGAGCCGGGACGCAAAGCUGGAGGCCGAUCCCCUGGUCGGGUUCCCGUGUCUCAGAAUAGAGGCCGCCAUGUUGGAGCCCAGCAUCCAGGCGAGCUUCCCGCACCGGCCGGACCACCGCUUCGAGAUGCUGACCCAGUGGCUCUCGAUGUCCGUCUCUUUCACCAGGGAAGCCCUGCCGUGGCCCGCCGGUCAAACGCCCGAGUGCCACGCGGAUCUCGUCACCGAGGUGACGGACACUUUCCUUUACGAGUUCCGCAAACAGGGGAACUCGGACGCGCCUCCACCGCCUCGACCGCCGAAGCGCAAUCUGUCGUCCGCAACGUCUUCAAAUGAAUCCUCAAAGAAAACUUCCAAGGCAAGAAAGUCCAGGGAACCGGACAAGAGCGUCCCGACCAAAGAGAUGGCGGCUUUGACUUUGAAUAAGAGAAGGCCUCCGGCUCCACCAACUCCAGGUAUCUUGGACGAUCAGCCUCCGCCAGUUGGCCCCCGGAAACCCCCAACGGCUAAAGUGACGUCGGGAAAGGCUCUGCCGAACACUUACGUGAAAAUGGACCAGUCCAAGAAAAAAGAAGAAGAGGUGUGUCAAUUGACAGCAGACGAGGACAGCGACCAUGACUACGAAACCCUGGAUGAUUCUUUUGUAACGGUGGUGAAGAAAGCAAACGAGAGCGUUUGUUUUUACUAAACAAAUAUUAUUAGGAAUAACUAAUGAAAAUGUCUUAUUGCCCUUUUUAAGUUCUCUUAUCUUGAAUAGAUCCAUUAAAAUUAUACAUUUUAUUGUGAAAAUAAGGUUAAGUAUUUCAGUUAAAUUCAGUUUAAUCUCCUAACAGUAUCUUGUAUCUGUGAGGAUCAUUUACACUGCAGAGCUUUUGGUGACGAAUUAGUCGCCCCGCUGGAAGCGCUUAUUAGAAAAUGUCCGUGCACAGGUGGUUGAAGAAAUACUACCAUUUGGGGUAUUCAGUUUUUUUUUUUUGCUGAAAUGUAAGAAGGUACAUUUGUUCAAACUGUGUCAACAAAUCAUACUUGUUUUUAAUCCUUAUUAGCAGCAAUGCAUAUUUAUAAGCUUCAUAGAGGUUUUACAUUUUAUUGUACAGGCAUUUGAUGUGGAAGCACACCUCCACUAUCAACAUAUACAUAGAAAGUGUAGAAAGAGAAAAGUCUGGGAGGCACAAACUCAAAUGUUCCUGCCCAUGAAAUGUUAAAAUGAUAGAAGCGCUCGUUCUCCCAGCAAACUAACGAUCUGAGAGGAGAAAAGAGGCUCCGAACGUGGUAUCAAACCCUUUAACUUCUUGCUUUGGUUCACUCACUGCCAAAGUAAUAUCAAAUAAUACAUUAAUGUGGUGUACCGAUUGAUUUGUUCCAAGGUUAGAAGCAUUUUUUUUAAUGAGUUUCGUUUUUGUAUUUAAAGACAUUUACCAUCACUAAUAAAUUGGCUUCAGAACCAA